UUGGCGGUGCAGCUAAUCGACGCGCGUGGAAAAAAAAAAACAUUAACCUCGGAAUACUUACUAGAAUUGAUAGCAGACGGAAACGAGUCUGAGAUAGAGGGUUUCGAAGAUGAGGAAUGUCAUAAAGAGGAAGGCAUUGAGGCCGUACCAGAUCGGGUGGCGGGUCAGUCGUAUUCGGACGAUGAUAUUUCUAACAGCGAGCAAGAAGAAGAAACCACUAACAUUCAGGUACCAGAAAUAAGUCCUAGUCCGAAUACAGUCUGUGCUGGAUCUCAACGUGGUCUUUCUGUAAGUCGCCGGCAUCAUCUACCUGAUCGUUCAUCAAGCGCACCAAGCACAUCUCAUGGUACUUCUCGGUACCGCACGAGGGACCGCAUGAGUAGAAAUGAUCAGCUGCCUGAUUUAUCUAGUAAUCCGCCACCUAGCGUUCGUGCUCAGUCCGAGGCAGCUCAACGCAACAGGGAUCCGUCUAGGCGAAGGCUAUGGAAAUCUAUUCCAUUUGACCAAAAAGAACAUAAUUUUCCGCCACAGGAACAACAAACAAUUAGAACGCCUCUUGAAUACUUCGAGGACUAUUUUGACGAUGCAUUUUAUGAGAAAGCUGCUUACUGCACAAAUAAUUACUACUUGAGGCAAACUGGAACUCUUCAUACUAAUCCUGUAGAAAUGAAGAAGUUCAUUGGUGUGCAUUUUAUAAUGGGGUGCAUAACUUAUCCACGACUUCAUAUGUACAGGAGGCAAGAAAUGAGACUGGCUGAACUGAGGCUGUUGCGCACAAAUUUACAUGUGGUGGAAAAGGAUAUCGCCCCAGUUGGUAAUAAGAACAGUCUAUGGAAAAUACAACCGGUAUUAAAUCAGGUAAAAAAUGCCUGUGAGAAAAUAGAAAGGCUACCGGGUUACUAUUCUAUAGACGAACAAAUGAUCCCCUUCUGCGGCUAA